AUGGCACAGAACAAUUUAAUUGAUUCUUGCCUCAGAGACAAAACCAAGUUCAAUCCGGUUCCCAGGUUCUUUGACAUGAACAAAUUCUUAGAGAAGUACUGGUACAUGACUUGGGAGAAGGUGGAUGACAUGAAGGAACCCAUCUUCUGUUGGCUCCUAGAGGUGACAAAUGAUGCCGGGGAUCACACGCGGCUAUUCAAUCACAGAGGUGAUUAUGUGACUGGAAAAAGAGGGUUUUUUGAAACGCUUCGUUGGAGUAUAAUUGAUGUGGAAUUUGAUCACAGCAUCCUCCUCUGGCAUAUCGCUACAGAUCUCUGUUAUCCUCGUGAUGUCGACAAAUCCCCAGAUACCAAUCUCAAGUCAUGGUGCAAACUAAGCAAAUGCUUGUCUGAGUACAUGUUGUAUCUGUUAGUUAUGUGUCCAUUUAUGCUGCCAAAAGGGAUAGGGGAGUUUAGGUUCCGCGACACUUGUUUAGAGGCUAAAAGAUACUUCCAGCGAAAGAGGGUGUCCAUAUCUAACAGAAAUGAAGCUUUCAGUUUGCUGCUUGAAGUUGACACGGAAGUUCAUCCCGAAGAAGUGAAAGGAGAUAAAAGCAAGUCGGUGUUAUUCGAGGCAUGUAGCCUUGCCAAAACGUUGAAAUCACUGGAAAUGGAGAUGGGAGAGAAAUGGAAGAUGGUGAGUGAGGUGUGGGUGGAGAUGUUGUGCUAUGCUGCCAGUCAUUGUGGAUGGAUUCAACACGGUCAACAGCUCCGACGAGGCGGGGAGCUACUCACUCAUGUCUGCCUUCUUAUGUCCCACUUCGGUUUAAGCGAGCAAUUCCAAAAGAAUCCACCUUCUUAUGUCCCACCUCCAAAUGAGUCCCCUCCUUAUGGAGUGCAUAGGAACUUCAAGAACUUGCCUUAUGGAGUGCAUAGGAACUUCAAGGCUCGCUGA